AUGGUGAUGGUGACAAUGGUCCUGAUGGUCCUGAUGGUCCUGAUGGUCCUGAUGGUCCAGAUGGUCCUGAUGGUGCUGAUGACCUCCCUGCUGCACGUAGAGUUCAUGGUGUCUGUCCUGAGCUGGACAGACCAGCUGCCGAGUCCGGAUUUAUCACCGUGCAGAGGCAGCCAUGGGAGGGACGCUGACGCCACCCCAGCGGGUCACCCGCGACUUCUCACCGUGUUUCAUUUCUCUGCCGUAGCUUAUGUUCCCGAGGAAGAACUGAAGGCGGCAGAAAUAGAUGAAGGCGGCGUGGAGGACGAUGGGCUGUCCCUGGACAUUCAGGACGACGCCGACACCAAGGAGGCCCAGAGCUACCAGGGCUCCCCGGUCAGCACGGCCACAAACCAGGACGCCGGCUACGGGUCGCCCUUCAGCGAAAACAGCGACCAGCUGGCCCAUUUCAAAAGCUCCGCCUCCCGAGAGGACAGGGAGGACCGGACGGGCGCAGACAGCGCCUCCUACCCCCAGGACAGCCUGGCGCAGAUCAAGGCCGUCUACGCGAACUUGUUCUCGGAGUCCUGCUGGUCCAGCCUAGCGCUGGAUUUAAAGAAGUCCGGUUCCACCCCCGGCAGCAACGAUGUCGGCCCCAAGGAGAGCGCCACCCCCGCGCCCACGCCCCCCGCCACAACCGCGGGGACCACGGGCACCACGGCCAGCACCCCCAGCUCCAGCUCCAGCUCCAGCUGCAGCACCAGCACCAGCACCAGCACCAGCACCAGCAGCGGCAGCUCGGGCUACGACUGGCACCAGGCCGCGCUGGCCAAGACGCUGCAGCAGACGCCCACCUACGGGCUGCUGCCCGAGCCCAGCCUGUUCAGCACCGUGCAGCUCUACCGGCAGAACAACAAGCUGUACGGCUCGGUGUUCACGGGCGCGAGCAAGUUCCGCUGCAAGGACUGCAGCGCCGCCUACGACACGCUGGUGGAGCUGACGGUGCACAUGAACGAGACGGGCCACUACCGCGACGACAACCGGGACAAGGACUCCGAGAAGGCCAAGCGCUGGUCCAAGCCCAGGAAGCGCUCCCUGAUGGAGAUGGAGGGGAAGGAGGACGCCCAGAAGGUGCUCAAGUGCAUGUACUGCGGCCACUCGUUCGAGUCCCUGCAGGACCUGAGCGUCCACAUGAUCAAGACUAAGCAUUACCAGAAAGUGCCUCUGAAGGAGCCAGUACCAGCCAUCACCAAACUGGUCCCUUCCACAAAAAAGCGAGCCCUUCAGGACCUGACGUCCCCGUGCUCCCCCGAGCCAGCAGGGGCCGCCGCGGAGGCCGCCCUGAGCGAGGCGGCCAAGGACCAGAAGACCGCCAACCCCUACGUGACCCCCAACAACCGCUACGGCUACCAGAACGGCGCCAGCUACACCUGGCAGUUCGAGGCCCGCAAAGCGCAGAUCCUCAAGUGCAUGGAGUGCGGCAGCUCCCACGACACCUUGCAGCAGCUCACCGCCCACAUGAUGGUCACCGGCCACUUCCUGAAGGUGACCACCUCCGCCUCCAAGAAGGGGAAGCAGCUGGUGCUGGACCCCGUGGUGGAGGAGAAGAUCCAGUCCAUCCCCCUGCCGCCCACCACGCACACCCGGCUGCCCGCCUCCCACGUCAAGAAGCAGCCCGACUCGCCGGCGGGCUCCGCGACCUCGGACGAGAAGAGGGAGCCGGACAAGGAGAAGGCGCCCGCGGCCGGCGACACGGAGAAGACCAUCAAGGAGGAGGGCGAGGAGGCCCCCGAGAAGUGCGAGGCCACGGCGCUCUACCAGUACCUCCGCGAGGAGGACCUGGACGACAGCCCCAAGGGCGGGGUGGACAUCCUGAAGUCCCUGGAGAACACGGUCUCCACGGCCAUCAGCAAAGCCCAGAACGGCGCGCCCUCGUGGGGCGGCUACCCCAGCAUCCACGCGGCCUACCAGCUGCCGGGCGCCGCGAAGCCCCUGCCGGCCGUGCAGAGCGUGCAGAUGCAGCCGUCCUACGGCAGCGUGAAGUCGCUGUCCUCGGAGCACGGCGCGCUCCUGCCCUCGCCGGGGAGCCUCACGCCUCCGCCCCACAAGAGCAACGUGUCGGCCAUGGAGGAGCUGGUGGAGAAGGUCACGGGGAAGGUCAGCGUGAAGGAGGAGAGGCCCCCGGAGCGGGACAGGGGCUCGCCCGCCAAGGCCGGGUCCCCCGCGGCCAAGGAGAAUAAAGACCUGCCCAGGUCGGAGGGCACGGGCGGCCGACCCCAGCCGAGGAAGGGCCUCGAGGCGGAGGCAGGCAAGGCCAGGAAGGAGGGCUCGGUGGACGCCCACACGCCCAACGGCACCGAGCCGCUCAAAGCCAAAGUCACCAACGGCUGCAGCGGCCUGGGCAUCGUCACGGACCACUCGCCGGAGCCCUCGUUCGUCAGCCCGCUGAGCGCCCUGCAGUCCAUCAUGAACACGCACCUGGGCAAGGUGUCCAAGCCCGUGAGCCCGUCGCUGGACCCGCUGGCCAUGCUGUACAAAAUCAGCAACAGCAUGCUGGACAAGCCCGUCUACCCCGCCGCCCCCGCCAAGCAGGCCGACGCCAUCGACCGCUACUACUACGAGAACAGCGACCAGCCCAUCGACUUGACCAAGGCCAAGAGCAAGCCCCUGGCCCCCGGGGCGGCCGACGCGGUCUCCUCGCCGCUGCGGGAGAGCGCGCUCAUGGACAUCUCCGACAUGGUCAAGAACCUCACGGGCCGGCUCACCCCCAAGUCCUCCACGCCCUCCACGGUGUCCGAGAAGUCGGACGCCGACGCCAGCAGCUUCGAGGAGGCGCUGGACGAGCUGUCCCCCGUCCACAAGCGGAAGGGCCGCCAGUCCAACUGGAACCCCCAGCACCUGCUCAUCCUGCAGGCCCAGUUUGCCUCCAGCCUGCGGGAGACGCCCGAGGGGAAGUACAUCCUGUCGGACCUGGGCCCGCAGGAGCGGGUGCACAUCUCCAAGUUCACGGGGCUCUCCAUGACCACCAUCAGCCACUGGCUGGCCAACGUCAAGUACCAGCUGAGGAGGACGGGCGGGACCAAGUUCCUGAAGAACCUGGACACGGGCCACCCCGUGUUCUUCUGCAACGAUUGUGCCUCUCAGUUCAGAACUGCGCCCACCUACAUCGGCCACCUAGAGACACACCUGGGCUUCAGCCUCAAGGACCUCUCCAAGCUGCCCCUCAGCCAGAUUCAGGACCCACAGAGCGUCCCCAAGGUCCUGGCCGGCAAGGCCGUGGGCCCGGCGGGGGCGGCCGAGGACGACCUGGGCUCCACAUUCCAGUGUAAGCUGUGCAACCGGACUUUUGCGAGCAAGCACGCGGUCAAACUGCACCUUAGCAAGACCCACGGCAAGUCCCCGGAGGACCACCUGAUCUACGUGACGGAGCUGGAGAAGCAGUAGCGCCCGGGCGGGCGAGCGCCCCGCCCGGCACAUUGCACUAAACGUCGUCUUCACACUGCACUAGGCCCGGCCUGAGCCUCCGAAAUCAGCCUUCCUUGGUUGCCGCACGGCCUGUCUGGACCCCGGUUUUUCUUACACACCUUUUGUAGCUGUAUUUAUAUGCUCUCUGUCCGAUGGCGCAUGUCAUUUUUGUUUUUCCGCGAGUCAGAGUCUGACCUUUAUUUUCAACAUCUGUUCUCGGUGUUCGCUGUCUUUUGUAGGAAAUGGUGGGGCACAGACGCAGACGCGGACUGAGCAGGAGGGGACACAAGCAGCAGUGAUACAGAGACAUCCUAAAAAGUUUCAAAGUUGCCAUGACAAUAAAGGUCAGGACCCAGUGGUGUCAAAUUUAACCCUUUGAGGACUGUAAUCGCAUUUCUGUGCCUUUCACUCCAAAAAAAAAAAAAAAAAAAA